UCACAUCCACCGAAACUACCACUUCAAUUUUCCUUUUCUUCUAAGCUAAGCACUAAAAGCAAAAAACACCAUUUUCUCAUUAUACUAGCUAGCCUCCAUCUCACUCAUUCAUUCCCCACAAAACUCAUUAUUACCACCACACACAUAAAUCUCACACACAUAAGCUUGUGUCCUCUUCCAUGUCUGAUUUUCUCACCAUGCUUUUCAUUUUCCUCUCCUUUCUCUUCUUCUCCAAUGGCCACCUUGCUUUUUCUGCUCACUGCACCACCAUCUCUUCUUCUAAAACCUUUGAAAAAUGUAUGACGCUUCCUACUCAGCAAGCUUCGAUGGCUUGGACCUUUCAUGCCCACAAUUCCACUCUAGAUCUUGUUUUCUCUGGGACCUUUAUUUCACCUUCUGGCUGGGUUGGCUGGGGAAUCAAUCCUACCUCCGCUGAAAUGACUGGCACUCGUGCUUUAAUUGCCUUUCCAGAUCCAAAUUCUGGCCAACUUGUUGUAUUGCCUUACAUUUUGGACCCGACUGUUAAGCUGCAAAAAUCGCCACUACUCUCUCGUCCUUUAGAUAUCCACCUUCUCUCCUCCUCUGCCACGCUCUACGGUGGCAAACUGGCCACCAUACAUAACGGUGCUGCUGUUCAAAUAUAUGCAACACUAAAAGUAGCACCAAACAAAACUAAGAUUCACUUUGUGUGGAACCGUGGCCUAUAUGUCCAAGGCUACUCCCCAACCAUCCAUCCGACGACUUCCAAUGACUUAUCUUCGAUUGCCACCAUUGAUGUCUUGUCAGGCUUCACUGCUGCUCACAAAAACGACAUAAAGACAUGGAAAAUAGCACACGGAAUCCUAAACGCUGUGUCGUGGGGUGUUUUAUUGCCAACUGGGGUUGUCACUGCAAGAUAUUUGCGACACAUUCAAGCAUUAGGGCCAGCUUGGUUCUAUGCUCAUGCAGGAAUACAACUCUCUGGAUUCUUUUUAGGAACUGUGGGAUUUGCAAUUGGAAUAAAGCUUGGAGAAUUAUCACCUGGGGUUGUUUAUAGUCUCCACAGGAAGCUUGGAUUUGCAGUGUUCUGCUUGGGGGCUCUGCAGACGCUGGCACUAUUGUUCAGGCCGAAGACCACAAACAAGUAUAGAAAAUAUUGGAAAUCUUACCACCAUUUUGUUGGGUAUGCUUGCGUGGUGAUGGGAGUUGUGAAUGUUUUUCAAGGAUUUGAAGUGAUUGGAGAGAGCAGAUCAUAUGCUAAGCUGGGGUAUUGCUUAUGCUUGUCUACGUUGGUGGGUACUUGCAUAGCUUUGGAGGUGAAUUCUUGGGUGAUUUUCUGUAGAAAAUCUAAGGAAGAGAAGCUGAGAAGAGAAGGAUUGAUUUGUGGGUCUGAUAAAGGAAGUGGAACUCACAGUUGAUGAAAAAGACCAAUAUAAAAAUGAGAAGUUUAUGCCUAAAUUGAUUCUAUUUUUUCCCAAUUUUUGUAGGAAUCUGAAUUUUGUCUUUGAAUUUCAGAAUUUGAUCGAUGUCAUUGAUCCUGUAUUUUGGGUUUUUCUUAUGCUAAUUGUAAUUACGGGAAAAAGAAAAUUUGAUGUCAAGAAUGGGAUUCGAACC